AUGAAAGGAGGAUAUGAAGUGGUUCAUGGGGCUGUUGAUACUAUGGCACCUAAUGAACCAUGGGAUUAUGCCGUUUUAGGGUUUCAAUCAGCCACAGUAAACCCUAACGCCAUGGCAAAGCCUGCAAUGGAGAGAAAUGAACUCUCUGAGUGGGUUGAACAUAUUACAAAGCAACUUAUAGAUGACAUGCCUGAAAUGACAAGUGAAAGCAUGCAAAACGACAGUAGAAUGUUAUGUGAUCAAGAAAAUAGUAGCUUCUUAAUGGGUAAUAAUGGUCUUGAUCAAUUUAGACCAAGAAAAUCCAUAAGGAGAAGUCAUUUUGAUCAAGAAAAUCAGUUCCACUGUAACAAUAUUAGUAAUGAGCAUGAAAAUACUAAUGGAGGAGGAGGGUUGACUAGGGUUGAUGAGCAAGGGUUAAACCUAAUUACCCUUCUUUUAGAAUGUGCAGUAGCUAUUUCAGUUGAUAAUCUUGGUGAAGCUCACAGAAUGUUACUUGAGCUAACCCAAAUGGCUUCUCCAUAUGGUCCUUCUUGUGCUGAAAGAGUUGUAGCUUAUUUUGCUAAAGCAAUGUCCAGUAGGGUUAUAAAUUCUUGGCUAGGCAUUUGCUCUCCUUUGAUUAAUCACAGAAAUGUCCACUCUUCUUUUCAAAUCUUUAACAAUAUCUCUCCUUUCAUCAAAUUCGCUCAUUUCACUUCCAAUCAAGCAAUUCUUGAAGCUUUCCAGCGCCGCGAUAGGGUUCACAUAAUUGAUCUUGAUAUUAUGCAAGGUCUGCAAUGGCCUGCCUUAUUUCACAUUCUUGCUACAAGAAUUGAAGGUCCUCCACAUGUCCGAAUGACCGGUUUGGGUACUUCAAUGGAAGUCUUAAUAGAGACAGGAAAACAACUCUCCAAUUUUGCUAAAAGACUUGGAAUGUCAUUUGAGUUCCACCCAAUUGCAAAAAAAUUUGGAGAAAUUGAUCUAUCAAUGGUGCAAUUAAGAAGAGGAGAAACCCUAGCUGUGCAUUGGCUACAACAUUCACUAUAUGAUGCAACUGGACCAGAUUGGAAAACAAUGAGACUUUUUGAAGAAUUAUCACCGAAAGUAAUCACAUUAGUAGAACAAGAAAUCUCUCAUGGUGGGUCUUUCUUGGAUCGAUUUGUCGGUUCCCUUCAUUACUACUCAACAAUAUUUGAUUCACUAGGUGCAUUUCUGGGCAGUGAAGAUAACAGUAGGUACAGAGUUGAGAGUUGUCUUCUUUACAGAGAAAUUAAUAAUAUAUUAGCAAUAGGAGGGCCUGCAAGAAGUGGGGAAGAUAAGUUAAGGCAUUGGAGAAGUGAAAUCGCAAGAAGAAAUAGUUCAUUUAUGCAAGUUCCUAUGAGUGGAAAUUCUAUGGCUCAAGCACAACUUAUAUUGAAUAUGUUUCCUCCUGCUCAUGGCUAUAGUCUUGUUCAAGGAGAUGGGACUUUGAAGCUUGGAUGGAAAGAUACUAGUUUGUUCACUGCUUCUGCUUGGACUUCACUUCAUUCUUGA